AUGAAAUGCGAAGUGGAUCGUCCCGUUACGCAAAAUACGGAGCGAAAUGGGAGCGAAGGGAAUGUAGCAAAAAAUUACAUGACCCACUUAUAUCAAUUCCAAAACAAUGAAAUGAAAAAAAUAGAUGCAUCCUAUUUUGAAAAUAAAUAUCUGGGUCUAUUUUUUGGAGCAUCUUGGUGCAGAUAUUGUGUAACCUUUAUACAAAAUAUCAAUUUUUUUAAAAAGAAUUUUCCUUUUAUUGAAAUUAUUUACAUCCCCUUUGACAAGACAUAUAAUGACUAUGUAGCUUUCCUAAAAGCUACCGAUUUUUACAGCCUGCCUUUUGAUAAUUAUCUCUACAUUUGCAAAAAAUUCAAUAUUAAAAAUUUGCCUUCCUUUAUGAUCAUAGCCCCUAAUAACAAUGUCCUUGUCAAAGAUGCAGUGCAGCUAAUCAAAACGGAUACCUACGUGAAUAACUUCAAGUCCUUAGUAAAAAAUUAUACCGUCCAUCCUAGCCACUUCAAAAUUGGGAACCGCUUCUUUGACUUAUUUUGCGCUUAG